GUCGUUCGCCAGACGGACUUAGAAAGUUCUGCCAGCAGCCGCCGCUCCUGCAACCGAUUACUGCUGAAAAUGGCUGGAGGAUUCAAGGAAAGGCUUGGAAUUGCUGACAUAACUGAUAAAAAUGGAAUCUGGAAAUGUCUGCUAGCAGAAUUUAUUGGUACCUUGCUGCUGAACUUCUUUGGUUGUGGAAGUUGUGUAUAUGCUGGUAAUGCACCAGGUGCUAAAUCCAGCCAGGUUCUCAUUGCACUUACAUUUGGUCUGGUCAUCAUGGCAAUUGUGCAGAUUGUGGGGCAUGUGAGUGGAGCACAUGUAAACCCGGCAGUUACUGCUGGCAUGCUUGUAACAGGAAAUAUCACAAUACUUAAAGGGCUGUUGUAUAUAAUAGCUCAGUGUGUAGGAUCCAUCACAGGAAGUGCAAUCUUGAAGGCUCUUACUCCUCCAGAAAAGGCUGGUUCACUUGGUCUGACAAAUGUGGCAGAAAGUGUGACACCUGUGCAAGGCUUUGGUGUUGAAUUUUUCUUGGGCUUUGUCCUGGUCCUGGUUGUAUUUGGUGUCUGUGAUGUCAACAAACCAGAAAGUAAGGGUUUUGCUCCACUCGUUAUUGGAUUGACAAUUGCAAUGGGACAUCUGGCUGCAGUUGAUUAUACUGGAUCAAGUAUGAACCCUGCAAGGACACUUGGAUCGGCUGUCAUUGCCAAUGAAUGGGAGAAUCACUGGGUAUACUGGCUAGGACCAAUCCUAGGUGGUAUUGCUGCUGCUCUGUUAUACAAGAAUGCUUUUGCUGCACCAUCAGCUGAUGUCAACAUGGAAUACAGUCCAGUUCAGGUACAGGAUAAAGAGCUUAAACGGCUAGAUAACCGGAAAGAUGAAGAUGGAAUGGCUUGAUCACCAUAGUGGUGAACAGAAGAGAACUGUUUAGCUCAUAUAAUGAGCUCAUUGUGUGAGAACACAUGUAUUCAGAUUUAUAUCUUCAUUGCCAUUGUGUGUGAUAAUCUCCUUGGAGGAAAUGGAUAGUGGUGAAAGUGAUUAAUUCCUGGAAAGUGUUACAGGAAAUGUGGAAGAACAGUUUUCAAAGAAGUAUCUUCCUUGUUAAUAUAAGAUUGCUGUUUGUUGUAAUGCAUUUAGUAUUUAUGCUAUGCCCAGAACUGUGAAGAAUUUUGUACACGAUAAUAACAAAUUACUAGUAGGAGAAAGAAGUCUGUCAUUGCACAAAGAAUUUGUGAAACUCAUUUAUUUAUAUUUAUUGCCUUUGUAAUUGUGAAGCAGCACUUUGCUGUGUGGCUAUGCUGUAAAUAAACUUUUGUGAGUUUUUUAUUGUACUAUUUUUAUAGUUGUACAAAAUAAAAACAACAAUCACCCA